AUAUAAUAGAGCUAUAUAAUCUACUUUAUAAAAAAUAAAAACAAAUAAGAAGCAAAAAAAACAAAAUGAAGAUGAAAAUCAUGAGUGUGGUGUGGAUCACGAUGCUACUAACAUCGUUAAUUACUAUGGGAGGGGAUGCAAAGUCGGACAAAGAGUGCCAAGUGGAGUGCCAUAAGCAUUGUCUACCCACUUCCAUUGUUGCAGAGUGUCUAAAGUGUCUUGGAGAAUGUGGGAGGACUCCACCGGUUGCAGUUGGACCUUCGGUUAGAGUCGGAACCAUCGGCGAACACAUAUAGCAAAAAAGUUAAAUAUGACUUUGUCUUGUCAUGUUAUGUGGUGGAAAAAUUGUAGCGCCUUUCUUAUAUUCAAAUAAUAUUCGCAUGUAACCAUUGUAAUAAGAUCGAAGCCUAAAUUUCACA